GUUUGCAUAGUCGUCUUACCCAGUAACUUCAAGUUGAAUUAAUAGAAAUCUAUUAUGCACAGAUUGAGUAUUCCAUUGCUUUUGGUCUUCGCAACGGCUCACCGAUCUGCCGUUUCCUUGGAAGACGGGUCAGAUGAGCUCUCCUGCCCGUUGAUCCAGGAGGCCCGCUUAAAGUUCCUCUGCGGAGGAGUAUACACCGCCGAUCUCUUCUUGAAAUACAAGGACGCUCUCACUACUGUUGAGGCUCCCUACUCGGUUUUCUACCACCUCCAAAACGGGUUCUAUUUUCUGUUGGUGAGCUUCAAUGAGUCCCCAGUGCAAAAGUGCGAAAGUACGAUCCAGCUGAACGAUGGCUUAGACUUCUUUUGCGGAGACGGCGAAUCGCCCUUGAGACUGGCGAAGUCCCAGGUAUUUUGCCACAGGAACAUAAUGAGUUACGUUGAUGACCUGAUAUACGAGUGCACAAAGCCAAUUACCCAUUUUGUAAAUGCGGAAUGGGAGGGAGAGGCUGCGAUCCACUAUGCUGCCAAGUCCAAGCCACAAAAACUGGAUUCUGCUGCACGGAUGCCUAGCCUCGGAGCUUUGCUGUCCUGCCUGGCAUGCGCCUUGCCCGAAGUGAUUUUGCUGUCACCUGAUAUAUUUGAAGUUGAGGAUGAAUUCCAGUCUGAUCAAAAUGCGAUUCUGCUCCAUGUUCGUGCUGCUCUACAUUGUGCGUAAGCUGGAUGAAGCCAAGAGUAGACGCGAGCUCAAGGGAAAGCUGGCGAUAGACGGAUCUUCAGCUCUACUUAUGCAGACAACAAUUUCCCAAGGACGAAAGAAUAAGGAGCUCUUCAGCACCUUGCUCAAAAUUAUUCCCAAGUGAUUUUUUCUUUUCUUUUGUCAAUCAAUAAAAUUCAUAUUAGAGAAAC